AUGCAGAGCAGUUCAGAUGAAUCAGUUAGGAAUUCGAGUUCUUCUUUGGGUUCUUCUUCAGGGUUAAAGAGUCCAGUUGCUAAUAAUGCAAGUGUUGAAAGUACUGUUACAAAAUUACUGAUUUCUACUAAACAUUUGUUACAGACGUUAACUCAAUGGUCAAAAGGUGUUACUUCUGAAAAGACAGUUUCUGAUGCAUAUGUUCAAUUGGGUAAUAAUUUAAAAGUGGUUUCGAAAUUUUUUAAGCAUUUGGGAGUUGAUGUUUCUGACUUGACUGAUUUGCCAAGAAGUUUAAGAAAAGUAUUGGAGAGUGCAUUAAGGGAACCUCCUGCUGAGGUAACUUUGAAUAAAUAUUUGCCUACCAUUAGGGAAAUUAUUGUAACAUUACUAGAUAAGUUGAAAGUUAAACAAGCUGAAUUGAAAAAUAUCAAACAAGAAAAUUAUCAAAUUCAAUCACAUUCCCGUAAUGCAUCUCAUUCUUCACUAAAUUCUUCGCAAACUCAUAGGAAAACAGAAUCAGUUGUUAGUAACACUUCUAUUAAUUCUUCCACCAGCAUUGCAACCAAUAGCAGAACCCCUAGUAUCUUCACAAAUAAGAAUAAUAGCUCAAAUGAUAGCAAAGAUGAAGGCACUCCAGUGUCUCAAAUAUAUGGGACAAUAUAUGCGGACUCUAAAAAAACUGAAAGAUUGUCUGAAGAUAUCGAUAUUCACAGAAGGAGCAAAAGUCUUAAUAAUGAAGAUUGCAGUAAUGAAAAUGAGAAGGAAAAUGAAAUUGAAAGAGAAAAGAUAAAUGAAAAUGAAAUUGAAAAUGAAAAGGUAAAUCAAAACGUAAAUAAAAAUGAAAAUGAAAUUGAAAACGUAAACGAAAACGAAAACGAAAACGAAAAUGAACAUUAUAUUAAUAGAGAUUCUAAUACAGGUGAUGAGUCUGAAAAUGAUGUACUACUUCAAUUAAGAAAUAGUACAAAUUUGCAAAGACGUGCAUCAAAGAGAUUUUCUGCAUAUCAAAUUGCAAAACUAACAAGUCAGUCUGCUACAGACGCAGGUUCUCCUAUUCCACACUCAACUUAUAUGACAGCUACAGAUGAGUAUCAAGCAGGAAAUAACAAAGAUCAACCUUUCUCAACAGCAUCUCAAGUACAAGCUGAUUCUAAUGUUACCACAGCUGGUUCAGAAAAUUCAACACCGAAACAAGGAUUUUUAUUCUUAAGGGUUGGUGAUAAAACAAAAAAGUGCUAUACGCCUCUGCCGUCAAACAUCAAUGAGCUAAGAUUAUUGUUUGUUAAAGAAUUUGCAUAUUCGCCUAAAAAGGACGUCUUUCCAGACAUUUAUAUUAAAGAUACUAAAUUUUCGGAAUAUUUUGAAUUGGAUUCACAUAACUUUAAUGAGAUAAGUGAAGGAUCUGUGUUGGAGUUGCGUUCUGUCAAUAAUAAUUUAAGCAAAAUCGAUCUAACUGAGGUAACUAAAAUAAUCAAAAUGGAGAUCUCAAAGUCGACUCAAAGCUUAUUAAACGAGCUACAAUCUUUACCUCUAACUGCACCACAAUCUGAACCAUCAUCAGAUCUAGGACACAAUAAAUCAGGAAAUGGUGUGGAUAAAAAGGGCUUACAAGAUUUUAAAAGGGACCUAUCAAUAUUAAAACAAAUAAAAAGAGAUGAAAGUAAAUAUUAUCAAGAUACUAUUUCAAGUUUAUUGGAAAAAAUUAAUAAAUUUAAAUCUUCUACCUUUGAUAUAAAUAAUUCAUCUGAUAGAUCUUAUAUGGAAAAAUCACAAACAAAGUUAGGAGAUAUUUCUGACUCCUUAUUGACUAGAGUAGAUGAUUUACAAGAUGUUAUUGAAGUACUAAGAAAAGAUGUUGCAGACCGUGGUGUCAAACCUACUAGAAAGAGACUGGAUGUUGUUUUCAAACAAUUAAAAUCAGCUGAAGAUGAUCUAAGCAAAAUGCAAUCAUUUAUUGCGACUGAAAAACCGACUUGGAAAAAAUCGUGGGAAUCAGAACUGGAUAAAGUUUGUGAAGAACAACAAUUCUUAACUUUACAAGAGGAUUUGACCUUUGAUUUGAGUGAGGAUUUGGCUAAAGCCUCCGAAACGUAUGAUCUGGUUAAACUGUGUUGUGAGGAACAAGAAAAGAAUCCAAAAAAGAUAAGAAAUAAUCCAAUAUUACCAAUACCGAAACCAGGAACUAUGAACCAAGUAAGAGAUCAAUUACUGGUUGAAGUACAAUCAUUAAAUCCAAACCAUGAAGGAAGGGUAGACGCUUUAGAAAAGGCACAAAAACUCUGGCAGAUUGAAAGGGAAUAUAGAGAUACGGAUGAGUUUGAAGAUGAAUUAGGAAGCUUUGUAGAAAAGUCUAACUUCAAAAAGUCAGGAGGUAUUGAGGAAAUUGAAAGAUUAAGAAGAGAGAAAGAUGAGGAGAAUUUACGUACUACAUUUGGAGCUUUCUGA